AUGAAUAUAAUUGUAAAUGAUACCGCAAUGAUAGUACAAAAGCGCUUUCCGCAAGCAAUUAUUAUUGGUGUUAAAAAAGCUGGUACACGAGCACUUUUGGAAUUUCUUCGUCUUAAUCCAGCAAUUAAAGCACCUGGACCAGAAGUACAUUUUUUUGAUAAAAAUUUCGACAAAGGAUUCGGUUGGUAUCGAAAUAGAAUGCCAGAAACAAGCAUUACAGAAAUAACAGUGGAAAAAACACCGGCAUAUUUUGUUAGCAAAACAGCUCCCGGACGUGUUCAUAGUUUAAAUUCAACAAUUAAAUUAAUUGUUGUUGUACGAAAUCCCAUUACCAGAGCUAUAUCAGAUUAUACACAAACAAUUAGCAAAAAAAGACGAAAUAUUUUGAUGCCAAGUUUUGAAGAAAUGGUACUUGGCAAUAACUCAUCAAAUGCGACCGGUAUGAAAAAUGGUGUUAAUGCUUCAUGGGGUGCAAUUCGAAUUGGAAUUUAUCAUCGACAUAUCCGGCGAUGGCUUCAACAUUUUCCGCUUCAUCAAAUUCAUUUUGUGGAUGGUGAACGAUUGAUUACAAAUCCUGCUGCUGAAAUUUAUGCUGUUGAACGAUUUUUAACUGUUAAACCAGUUGUUCGACAAUCAAAUUUUGCAACAGAUCCAUUAAAAGGUUUUCCAUGUGUAUUACGUAAAGAUGAUACAUUGCAUUGUCUUGGAAAAACAAAAGGCCGCGCUCAUCCAAAUAUACGAUUAGAUGUUAUUCAAAAAUUGGCAAAUUUUUAUCGUCCACAAAAUGAGGAAUUUUUUAAACUUAUUAAUAAACGAUUUCACUGGCAUAUUUAA